AUGACCCGGGAAGAUCAGAGAGAGGGCAAGGUCGUGCGACUGUCCUCCAAGACGAAGGAGCUCUUGGAGAUUGAUAGCAAGCAUUCCGCGGGAGGAAUCUUUCCGCUUCCUGUCUUCAUCAAGAGCGGCAAGGACUCUAUAUUGAAGGAUGCUGAUGGCAAGGAAAUCAUCGAUUUCAUCUGCAUGUUGAGCGCCACCAACCUCGGCCAAUGUCACCCGAAAUUGCUCCAGGCGAUGACCACCUCUAUGCAGACAAUCACUCUCACCAACAUCGCCACCAAAGUGGGCGACUGGGCGGAAUUCACGCGGGACAUGUGCGCCCGGUUCGGCUACGACAAGAUGGUAGGGAUGGUCUCCGGCACAGAAGGCGCUGAUGCAGCCGUCAAGUUUGCCCGUAAAUGGGGAAUCAAGAGGAAGGGCAUUCCGCCUCGAGAUGUCCUCGUGCUUGGGGUUUCGGACAACUAUCAUGGCGUUGGCUCCGGGAUCUGGCCCAUCAUGAAUGAUAUGGGCCAAGCAUCGGGUAAGUAUAUUGCAUUCUCCGUUCUCACUUGUUCUCUUACUCCUGCCCUUUCUCUGCCGACAGAUCAAUUAUGGCAUCAUCAACGAGAAUCUUCGAAAUACGAACCCGACGACUGGGGAGCUCCUGAAGUAUGGAUGCCUGGAAGACGUCGAGCAAGUCCUUGCUGGCAAUCACGGACGUGUGGCCGCAAUAAUCAUGGAGUGUAUCCACGGGAAAAAACGGAAGAGCUCAACUUUGCAAUUGGCGUGCGCCAGCUCUGCAAGAGGUACAAUAUACUCUUCAUUGCCGACGAAGUGCGAAUGGGGUCGGGCAAAACUGGAAAGUUCCUUUGUUCCAACUGGAUGGGUCCGGAGAACAAGCCCGACAUGGUGGUUAUGGGAAAGUCCAUCACCGGCGGGGCUUAUCCUGCCUCAUACAUCUUCGGAAACCACGAGGUGAUGGAUCUGAUCGGCGGUUACGAGCCCGUGGCAACCUUCGGCAUGGCACCGGCGGCGAUCGCGGCCACUCGUGCGACACUGGAGAUUAUCGACGAGGAGAAGCUCGUCGACCGCGCGACCUGGAUUGGACAGGUCUGGAAGAAGGAAACGGCCGGCUGGAGCAUGCCGUGGCUUGACUAUACCACAAACCGUGGUGCUGAUUUGGGCCUCUACCUGAAACGAACUGGCAACCCGCGGCUCACCACCCGGCGACUCAGCAUGCUGUGCCUCCACAAGGGCAUUUUCACCUACCCAGAUGGGGACCGCGUGCGCAUGGGCGUGGCGUUGAACAUUCCGGAGGCGGAUCUUCUUCGCGGUAUGGCGAUUCUGAAAGAGGCUCUCCUUGAACUUGAUGAUUACGACGAGAUCGAGACUGGGCCGCCAAUGAAAGGUGUUAUUCCAGAGAUGUAA